CCUGACAAACACAAACAUGUCUCCUCUUUAUAGUGCCAAUGAUACAAUACCGGACAACUUGACAACUAUAGAGAACACUAUAGCUUGUGUGAUCCUGGGUCUGUGUUUCCUGGUGGGCACACCUGGGAACCUGCUUGUGGUUUGGACCAUCCUGAAGCAUGUGAAGCAGCGCUCACACACGGUCGUGCUCAUCCUUCAUCUAGCCGCCGCAGAUCUUCUGGUGUUGAUCACUCUGCCUCUCUGGAUCUACUCACUGGCUCAUUCCUGGGUGUUUGGAGAAGCUGCUUGCAAAGCCAUGGUUUACGUCAUCAAUGCCUGCAUGUACUGCAGCGUCUUUCUCAUCACAAUCAUGAGUGUGGAACGCUUUCUGGCUUUCAGGUACCCCUUAAAGAUGUUGUACUGGCAAGACAGGACAUCCAUAUCCAAAAUACUUUCCAUGACCUGGAUUCUGUCAUUCAUUUUGGGAAUUCCAGUUAUCCUAUUUCAAUAUGUCAAUGAUGAUGAUGAAGAAAAGCACUGCUUGUACCGAGAGUAUAACUCUGUAUCUUUGGAAGUGUUCUGUAUUUCUUUGGAGACUCUGCUGGGAUUUAUUAUUCCUUUUUCCAUCCUUGCAAUCUGCUACUGGCAGGUUGCCAAAGAGCUCCAUAAGAUGCAUUUCAGGAUUAAACCAAAAUCGCUCUUCCUCAUUGGUGGAGUUGUGGUUGCUUUUAUUUUGUGUUGGUUACCGUAUCAUACUCUCAACAUCAUCAGUGCAGUACUUCUUCUAAUUGAAAAAUCAGAUGAACCGUCCUAUAUCUUAACUAUCGCCGGAUUCAUUUCCGGAACUCUGGCUUUUAUUAGCAGCUCUGUGAACCCUGUGCUGUAUGCAUUUGCUUCCAAAAACUUUAACGGAAGUCUAAGGAAGUCAGGGAUAGUGAGAUUCUUUCAAGACUUAGCAUCACAGACUCACCAAGCAAAAGAUGUUGUUACUCAGGAUUCUGGACUGCAGGAUGACAAGAUCGUAAAAGAUUCGAAUGAUGUUGAACAAAACGAACUCAGAGAUAUAUGACUUGUUGCUGUUUGACACAAUAGUUGUUUGGCUAUUUCACAACGUAAAAUCCAAUACUAAUGUGAAUUGUAACUUCUGUGAAAAUCUUUUUUCAUCUUUUUUCAUAUUCUUUGAGGAAGACUAAUUUAAGAGGAUACUACUGUGAAAAUAUUUUAAAAAGUCAUCUUUCUAGAUACACGAUCACAAUAAAA